AUGGCUCUGAAGAACAAAUUUAGUUGCUUAUGGAUCUUAGGUCUGUGUCUGGUAGCCAGUAAAUCUUCCAUAGUCCCAUCCAUCAGAGACCACAAAUUUAUAGAUGAGAGCGUCACGACUCACAGCGAAUGGCGUAGCAAAGUUAGCCCCUCUGCAGGAGACAUGAAAUAUAUGAUAGAAGGAAAUUAUGUAAGUACUCGCCCUUAUAGGAGAGGAGAACCUUGCUCUCUGUGCUCAAAGGAAGAGAAAUGUGUAAAGAAGCUCUGCCAUAAGCAAAAAGGAAAAAAAUAA